CACCUCUAAUAUUUGAUUCUUUAGGCAGGUUGCACGUCAUUCUUUAACUACAGCUUGUUAAUCAGGAUAGCAUAACUUCUUUAUUGUUUGCUCUCUGGCACUCGAGGCCAGCCGCUAUGCAAAUUGUGUUAAGAGAUUGAGUAAAUCACAUUUAUUAACGGUCACGCACACUGACCAUACACUGAUUAAAUAAGCAUACGAUUUCCGCGGAGUCUACCCCGGGGGCAGUUACUGCCUAUAAUGCCCUAUACGGGGAGGUCCCGCCCGAAGUGGGUACCUUUUUCAGGUUUCAGGUACAUGAAAGGGUAGGGAUUUUACAAGUUGAGGUAUAUGAAAGAAAGGAAAAUCUGUCAUUCUGAGAUAUAUAAAAGGGACUUUAAUUAAAAUGUUUCAAACAGACGCACCUUAUGGCUGUAUCAUUUCAUUUAUUUUGCACUACUUGAAAAUGACACGACGAUUUCCUUUCAAGGCGGUUUCAUCAUAAUGCGGACCAGUUAUCAAAGCAUGCGAAAGGGGUACCUCUUUUCAAUUACAGCUCUAUCAAAGGGUUAGCUUUCUUGUGAAAAUGGUAUACAAAAGGGUAAGGGGUUGGACGUCGGGGCGGAGUCUCCCCGUAUAAAACUUUGUAGAGUACCCCUGGGGAGUUUACAACCUCUGCAUAACAGUUGUUAAUAGCCAAGGAGAAUCUACCCUCGGAAAGUAGAGUUUCCGUAAACACAGCUCAGUACUGUACUUAUUCACUGUUAUUCAGUUAGGACAGUUAAGAAUUCCAACUUCCCAUUAUUGCGGAGAGUAUUGACUAAAUUGUUGUUUUACAACAGCACAGGACUGCAAGGAGACUGGAGAUCAGUUAGCUUUUUAAAUACUUUAAUUGUGCUUCAUAAGUCGUUAUAGAAAUCGUCCCUCCUAGAGCGGUUUUCAAUUGAGUAACGUGUCGUAAAACCAAAACCAAACCCCUGAGUUACUUACCAAUUAGACGACUCAGCCAGUCUUAAACCAUAGUAAACCAAAACCAAAACCAAAGUUAUUAUUACCUGAUUGCUUUCGACACUCAAUUGAGACCCGCUAUAUCCCACACAAAAACAAGUGAUUAAUUACUCCAGAUUUAAAUCCUAUUUCCUCUUGUUUUUCCUUAAAAUUUCCGUGAUGAUCAAACUUGAAGGAAGCAUGGGCACUAUUGUUUCAAGAAAAAGGAGAAGGGAAAUUUCCCAGCCACCCCGACCUGAGCCCUUGCCACAGUCGCAGCCUGACAACCACGAACCCAGUACUGGAACUCAGGAAGACGUCCUCAGGUCAAAUGACAACGAGAAGGAAUCAGAACCUGAAGAAAAGUCAGAGGCGAGUGAUGAAAGCGACUCCGAGACUCGCACAAAUGACGAAGGAUUUCAUGAAACUGAACCUAAUGAGCGCAACUCUUCGGAAUCGUCUUCCGUGAAGUCCAGUGAGAGUGCAAAGGACGUUUCAGAUACAGUGGUAAAAAGUGAAGCGAAAACAACGGAUGACACAACCGAAGUUGAUGAGUUCAACAGCGCUUGGAAGAAAGUGUUCUUGGAAGACUUGGAUGUUAAAGUAUCCGACAAUGUUAAGAUUGUCAGGAUAUUUACAAGUUCAACAUUCACAGAUACCUUUGUGGAGCGUAACACAUUGAUGGAGCGAGUGUACCCCAGGCUAAAGUCCUUCUGUCAAGAGAGAGGCUAUGAUUUUCAAGUGGUCGACAUGAGAUGGGGAGUCCGAGACGAGUCCACUGAUGAUCACAUGACCACUGAGCUCUGUAUGAGGGAGCUCCGCGCAUGUCAGAAGUUGUCAACUGGACCCAACUUCAUUACCUUCUUAGGGCAAAAAUAUGGCUACCGUCCCUUUCCGGUCAACAUUUCAGCAACUGAGUUUGAGCAGCUCCUUGGAGCAGUUGACAACCCAGAUGACCUCCAACUGCUAAAAAAUUGGUUUUGGAGAGAUGACAAUGCUGUUCCCGCUCAAUAUCUGCUGCAGCCAAUCACAUCACUGUUACCUCAUUAUCGUGACUAUACGAACCAGGACUUACGUAAGAAGGCGUCUGUUGAUUGGUGGACGGCGUUUGAGAGAAUGCAAGUUGUUUUGAGGGCAGCCGCUGACGCUGCAUUGGAGGAGGUCGACCGACAUAAGUAUUAUAUGUCAGUGACAGAAGACGAGAUUCGCCGUGGCAUAAUUUCAGCCACUGCACCAGAAAAACACUGCUUUUGGUUCAAACGAGUGAUUACAGAUCUAAUCCAAAAUGUCGACAAUCGUAAUGCAGGCAAGUUCUUGGACAAGACCUAUGGGGACGACUCAGCUGUAGAUGAGUCUGCUCAGAAGCUACUGAGCAGCUUGAGAGAAAAAGAGCUACCAGCUGUAUUAUCAGCAAAAAAUGUGGUGCAAUACAAUGUUCAGUGGACCAAUGACGGCAUCAAUCCAGACGCAUCUAUUGAGCAUGCUCAAUAUCUUGAAAAGCUUUGCACCGACGUCUAUAAUGUUUUAGCAGACAUGAUUCAAGAAGCAAUCAAAGAGAAGGAAGCUAGCGAGAAGGAAGAUUCACUAGUCGAGGAGAUAUUACAACAUGCGCUCUUCUGUCAAAAGAAAGGGUUAGCUUGUCAAGGGCGAGACGAGUUUCUACAGUCGGUGAAACAAUCCUUACUGGACUAUCGGAACCAACGGGUGGUCAUACUUCACGGAGAAUCGGGUUGCGGAAAGACAUCAGUCAUGGCCAAAAUAGCAGUGGAGAUCAAGAAGUGGCUGGAGGAUGAGUCAGUUAUCGUGGUGUUGAGAUUCAUUGGUACGUCCCCGGCGUCAUCCAGUGUCAGAUUGUUGCUGAGAAGCGUCUGCCAACAGUUAUAUAAGGUGUCAGAAAACGACAGCGCAGAAAUACCUGAGGACCUAAUGGAACUCUUGGAGUUCUUUCCAAAGUGUUUGGAGGAAGCCUGCUCGUCUCGUCCCGUGGUACUGAUGCUUGAUUCUUUAGACCAGCUUCCCGCUGACGAAGGAGGUAGACGUUUAGAUUGGUUACCAGCAAAAAUACCAGACGACUUUUACUUGAUCAUGUCGACCCUACCUGGCGCUGAAUACGAGUGCCUACCACAUUUAAAGACAAUCUUUCCUGACCGAUGUUUCAAAGAGAUCCCUACCAUCCCCGCAUACGAAGCUGAUGUCAUUUUAGAGAGCUGGCUCAGCUCCUCUCAGCGCAGGUUGGUCCCAGCUCAGAAGGUAAUGGUGUUGAAGGCCUUCGAGGAAUGCCCAUUGCCCUUGUACCUGAAGCUGUCCUUUGAUCAAGCUUGUCGUUGGAAGUCGUACACUCCAGCAAAUGAAACAGUUCUGCCUGCCGGUGUGAAAAACGUUGUCAAUAAGUUUUUUGAUCAAGUGGAGAGACGCCAUGGGAAGAUCCUGGUUAGCCAUGCUUUGGCUUACAUCACUGCAUCGAAAAAUGGCCUGACGGAGCCUGAGUUAGAAGAUAUCCUGUCCUUGGAUGACGAGGUCCUCGAUGACGUCUAUCAGUACUGGACGCCCCCAUUUCGAAGACUACCACCGUUGCUGUGGAUUCGUAUCCGUUCUGACAUUGGAGACUACCUUAUAGAACGCGGAGCAGAUGACUCUCGAGUGAUUUAUUGGUACCAUCGCCAGUUCAUCGAAGUGGCAACCGAUCGUUACUUGAGAACUCAAGCAGAAGUUCAUUCAAAACUUGCUGACUACUUUCUGGGCAAGUGGGCUAACGGUGCGGGAAAACCUUAUGUUGACAAAGACGGACAGACAGUGGUCAAGGAUCGGUUGUUGGCCAAACAACCCUUAACGUUUCGCAACGAGAACGAAAAGAGGGAAGUCUUCAACCUGCGAAAAUUGAAUGAGUUGCCGCAUCAUCUGUUGCACGCUGGUGACCUACAGAGACUCAAGGAAGAGGCACUUUGCAACUUUGAAUUGCUCUUAGCUAAACUACGAGCAACGUCUUUAGAGUCAGUUCUUGAUGACUUUGUUGCCUCACUCCUUGUCUAUCCAGAGGAUGAAGACCUCAUCGAGUUGGAGAAAACAUUGCAGUUGUCAUCCGUUGCUCUUAAAAGUGACGCCAAUCAACUGGCUCCUCAGCUUCUUGGUAGGCUUACCUCACUUCACGGUAAAGACGAAUUCAGUGGCAUUAACCUCCUACUGCAACAAGCUUAUUUCUCAUCGGUCCCUUGCCUGAUACCGAGUGACAAGUGCUUGACCUCCCCUGGUGGAUCCCUGAUUUCCUCGAUGAAAGUCCCCGGUGAGUCUGUGUAUCAAUGCUGUGGCUUUAGCUGCGAUGGAAAGACAGCCUAUGUUACCACUACGUUCUCAGACCCACUGCAUAUCCAGAUACUGACUAUAAAUUUGCGCAAUGGAAAAACUCUUCGGAGAGUAACACUACCUGGAUCUUUGGAAGUUGGAACGGUUUGGACUGUUGAGGGCAGCCUAUUCAGUGAAGACCUUCUCCUUUUAGUAGGAUCAACUGAUAUAUUUCUCACAAAUACAUCCACUGGUCAAAUUCUGCAGAGAUUCGCAGCCCUUGUCCAAGAAAGCCAAUACAAUCCAAUGCCACCUGUGUCCUUUGCGGACAAUGAAACGUGUAUCGUUGCCAUUACAGAUGAAGACCUCAAGAUUUGGAAAGCUGAAGAUGGUCAGUUGCAACACAAGAUUGACAUAGGCAAGAUACCCGCAGAUGAGGAGUACGGAACUAUCGGAGCAUCAGGGCAUCUAGCAGCCUUCAGCGUCCAUGGGACAAAGAAUUUCACGGUCCUCAACACUAGAACAGGAGAGAAGGUUAGGCAAGUCAAUGUGUUCAGUGAAGAGGAUGCAUGCUGCAUUGGAGAAAUCAAAGUGACCUGUAAAGAGCAGGUGGUCGUCACUUCCUCAGCGAGAAACAAUCUUCGCUUGUAUGAUCUGCACACUGGGGAUGUUAUCAGGGAAGUUCCGCAGUUUAAAAUCAACAAGGGCCUCCUUCGACUUCAAGUAACAACAGACGGAACGAAAGCUGUGGGUGUUGCUGACUACGAGAUUCUCGUGACUAACCUCGAAGAUGGAACCGUUCACAAAACCUUGAAGAGCAAAUCAUUUGGAACGUUGAUAAUUCAUGUCAAUUUUUACACGAGAGAUGGAAAGUUUGCGAUUUCUGUGGCUCACGAUAACAUAAUUCGUCUUUACGACCUUGAGCAAGCUGUCAAAGAGAACACUGAACAGGUUUCAGACGCUUCAUCGAGUAACAAGGCCGUGUCUUCAGUUGACUCAAUCAACUAUCUGAGUCGGGAAACAGACCACAUCCACAGGCAUGUCAUUGCGACGGCAAUGGUCAAUAAUUCUAAUCAAAUCCUCGUUUGGGACACUUUGACUGGAACAAUGGUGCGAGUCCUAAAAAUGACCCAAGAAUUGCCGCCCACCGCAAUAAAAAUGUAUGGAACAUCUCGUGCUGUUGGUUUUAUCCACGAUCAAGAAUUUUUCCACUUCAAAGUUUUUGACUUAAAAGCGGGCAAAGUCGAAAGACAUCUGCAAGGGAAAGCCUCUAAAAGAACCGAAGCAUUUGGUUUCAUUGACGAGGACCGCAUUAUUGCCUUCUCCCGCGGACGACGCAACCUCAAAGUUUGGAGCCUCGGCGAUGGAAAUUUAGUCAAGCAGUACAGGUUCGGACAAAAACAUCGUUUUGAAGACAUGCUCAUCAGCAGAAAUGGGAGAUCAGUUGUGUGUAGCCAGGUGAGCCAGAUUGUAAAUCACGAUGAAGAAACCCUGCCGCUGAUCUUUCUAAACACGCAAACAGGAGAUCAGAAGUUCUUAGAGAUUGAAACUACUCAGUUGCUGCUUUGGAAUGGUUCCAUAACGGAUGACGGGAGUUACCUCGUUUGCCUAACCAAAGAGUUCAAAGCAUUGCUGUGGGACUUGGCAAAUGGAAGUCUAAAGCACAGACUCGUCGCUGAUGAAGAGAACCCUACUGUAACCUCGACCGCGAUAUCUUCAGCCAGCAGCAUGGUCCUCACUGGUCAAGGAGACGGGGGAAUCAGCGUCUGGGAUAUUGUCAGUGGAGAUCUCCGUUAUGCGUUCAAGUGCGAAACAGUUGAUUCCCUAUUCAUGACACAAGAUGGCCAAUUAGCAUUCUCCAACUAUCGUUACAGAAAUAGCAGCAUCGACGCUUGGGACUUGUCCACAGGUGUGACGCUUGCCUCCUUCACUUCUGACUGGAAGCCUGAACGCAUGACGAUAUCCGGGAACCGCCUCGUGGUCGCCAAAGCUGACAAGCCAGAGUUCAUGACGUUACGACCACAUAUCCCUGGACGUGUAGAUCCUAUCGCACCUGACCAUUCUCCUUUUGAGAAUUGUCCACUGGAAAGUAAUCUACAACCAGCACAAGACCUUGCUAGCGCCAGAGGAAAAGACGAAGAUGAGGAUGUUGAUGACGAUUCAGAGGUAACCGACGUUCAAAGAACGGAGUUCACUAGGAAAGCGGUUCAUGCCAGGCCUAACGUUAUCAUCGGCGGAGGGAGCACAGUUUUUGCGUCCAAAAACGUGUUUAUUUCUGAACAGGUUUAUCGAGACAAUUUUAUGUAAGAACUCUUAGCCGAAUCAAUAUGCAAAAUCGCAAGAUAUUUUCGCUUGGGCUUUUUUAGAGUAAAAAUACCUUAAACGGCUAUUCAAAGUAAGCAACAAAUCCGUGUAUUUUUUUCUGAAUGUAACAUCAAGGCUUUUAUUAUGUCUUAAGCAUAUAGGCCCGUUUUAUUCACUUUACGUUGGUGCGAACAAUACAACGAUUAAAAAAUGUAUAUCAUUCAUUAGUUUUACGUAGAGCAGCUCUUGCAAUACAAAAAGAUAAUUGUAUUGUAAUAAAAGUUCCAUUAACGGA